AUCUGAUCUAUUUAAAUAUCCUGGUCUUGGAUCCCAUCUUCCUCCCACUCAACAAACCCUAGAUUGUCGAUCUUCCAAAGGUGAGAAUGAGGUGCAGCAGACUCAACGCAACGUGGCUUAGCUAAAUUCCGCUUGUGUGAACUCUGCAUCCAUUGUCAGAAGGAGAAGUAGGGCAAGUGGAUAUUUCCUAGAUUGUGGAGUAGUGGAAAAGGGAGGUCAGACUAUACGACAAGAAUUUGGCCUUUUUCUUUCCUGUGGAGCCAUAUCUUGAAAUUUUUGAAAGUUGUAAGAAAAGGCAGUUGUAAAGAGAGGAAGAUAUGUUGGGAGUUUUAAGGCGAAAAGUAGCCUGCAAAGCCAAUGCUUCGGCUUUGGAGCAAGGAAUCCGAGUUGCUGCAUCACGGGCUUUUUCUUCCUCAGGAAAGGAGAUGACCGUGCGUGAAGCUUUAAAUUCAGCACUUGAUGAAGAGAUGUCUGCUGAUCCCAAAGUCUUCAUAAUGGGUGAAGAGGUUGGUGAGUAUCAGGGUGCGUAUAAGAUCUCCAAAGGGCUUCUGGAGAAGUAUGGUCCAGAGAGGGUGCUCGAUACACCCAUCACCGAGGCUGGAUUUGCUGGAAUUGGAGUUGGUGCAGCAUAUUAUGGUCUAAGACCUGUAAUUGAGUUUAUGACAUUUAACUUCUCAAUGCAGGCCAUUGAUCACAUCAUCAAUUCUGCUGCAAAAUCAAAUUACAUGUCUGCUGGUCAGAUAUCAGUGCCUAUUGUUUUCAGAGGUCCGAAUGGUGCUGCUGCUGGUGUUGGUGCUCAACAUUCACAGUGCUAUGCAGCAUGGUAUGGAUCAUGUCCGGGAUUAAAGGUAUUGGCUCCAUAUUCUUCAGAAGAUGCUCGUGGCCUGCUUAAAGCUGCAAUAAGGGAUCCAGAUCCUGUUGUCUUCCUUGAAAAUGAAUUACUAUAUGGUGAAUCGUUCCCUGUUUCAGCUGAAGCUCUUGAUUCCAGUUUCUGUCUUCCUAUUGGGAAAGCUAAGAUAGAACGUGAAGGAAAGGAUGUAACUAUCACUGCUUUCUCAAAGAUGGUUGGCUAUGCUCUUCAGGCUGCUGAGAUUCUUGCAAAAGAUGGAAUCAGUGCUGAGGUGAUAAAUCUUCGCUCAAUCCGCCCUCUUGAUAGAUCCACAAUAAAUGCUUCUGUUAGGAAAACCAAUAGGCUUGUGACUCUUGAAGAAGGAUUUCCGCAACAUGGCGUUGGGGCUGAGAUCUGUGCAUCUGUUCUUGAGGAUAGCUUUGAGUAUCUCGAUGCAGCUGUUGAGAGGAUUGCUGGGGCUGAUGUUCCCAUGCCCUACGCCGCAAAUCUGGAGAGGAUGGCUGUCCCACAAGUUGAUGACAUUGUUCGGGCAGCAAAGAGGGCCUGUUACAGAUCAAGUUCAUUGGCUGCAAGUGCUUAAUCUUGCCCAAAUAAAGGCUUCUUUUGUUCCUAUACAUUCUUUUGUCUUAAUUAUGCUUUAAACGCCACUGUGGUGUGUACUUCUUGCCACCCUUUCUUGUAAUAAGUUAGGAUGCUCCUCAGAAUGCAAGAGUUAACAAGUUUACUCUUCGCCCAUUUCACAUGAACAAGAAACUCAGGAAAGGAAAUAAGGCUGACAUCUGUUUCCGUUUUUGCGCCAAUUACAGAGCAUGUUAAUCAUGUAAAUGAGAACUGGUUUGGAGAAGCUGUGUUACCGGUUCAAAUGCUGCUCGUUGUUCAAGUUUAUUUGUGAUUC